AUGCACUGGCCUCAAGCAUUCACCACUGAGGGUAAAGUUCUGACACCCGACGAGUCUCCUACCUUUGUAGAGACCUGGAGUGUGAUGGAAAAGCUUGUAGAAUCCGGGAAAACGAAGAGCAUAGGGGUGUCAAAUUUUAGUGUCAAGACUCUGGAGAUUCUACUCAGACACGCGAAACUAAUACCCGUGGCCAACCAAGUUGAACUCCACCCAUGCCUUCCCCAGCACGCACUGUUGAAAUACUGUAUCUCUCGCGGCAUCCUGCUAACCGCGUACUCGCCUCUAGGAAAGUACAAGAUUGCAUCUGACCCGGAUAUCGUCGCAAUUGCUGACCGAAUGACAAUCGAGUAUGGUGAGGUCUCCCCUGCUCAAGUGAUGUUAAGCUGGGGCGUCCAGCGAGGAACCGCAGUGAUACCCAGAACACUUCAUGAAGAGCGAAUGAAGCAAAACAUGCGGCUGUUGACUCUUAGUGACGAAGAUAUGCACGUUCUCGACGGAUUGCACUUGAAGCCUGGUAUGCACCGCAGUGUCUGUGGAUUUCACUCUUCGGAUCUCGGCGGCUCGUGCUUUGGUUGGACUUAUGAUAUGCUUGGAUGGGAUAUGGUUGAAGGAGGUAUUAUGCGCGAUCUAACCGAUUAG